AUGGAAGUUUAUAUAUCACAUGAACCGGAUGGAACAUCUGUGAAAAAUAUGAUUCGUUUUGCACAAAUUUUUUUCAAGCCUAUGACUACGGUUCAUCAGAAAAAAAAUCAAUUACAUUACAAUCAAACCAUUCCACCAAUCUAUAAUAUUCGUCCAAUGACGAUACCAACAGCAAUAUUUUGGCCACGUGAUGAUUGGUUAGCUGAUCCGGAUGAUGUUGCUUUUAUUUUUGAUAAUAUUAAAAAUUUAAUUUCCGGGAAAUAUAUUUAUGAUUAUAAUCAUCUUGAUUUCGUAUGGGCUAUAACAGCAAACAAAAUUAUCUAUCAGGAUUUGAUUACUCAAAUGCAAAAGUAUCAUCCAGAAAAAUGA